AUGGCAUCAACAGGGCUUCAGCUGCUGGGCUUGGUAGUGGCUGUGGUGGGCUGGGUAGGGGGGGCGCUGGUGUGUGCGGCUCCUCUGUGGCGUGUGUCGGCCUUUGUAGGAGGCGAGCUGGUGAUUGCUCAGGUGCUGUGGGAGGGACUGUGGAUGAACUGCUUGUCUCAGACCACAGGCCACAUCCAGUGUAAGACCUACGACUCCACCCUGGCCCUACCCACAUCCGCCCAGGCCGCCCGAGGCCUCACUGUCCUCUCCCUGCUUGUCUGUGUUGUGGCGUUCAUACUUGGGGUGGCUGGGGCAAAGUGCACCCACUGCAUGGGGGACGGCAACCAGGUCGCCAAGGCUCGGCUGGCUAAGAUAGCUGGGAUUCUUUUCCUUGUGGCCGGCCUGGCCUACUUGAUUCCCAUUUGUUGGACCACCGGUGCAAUAGUCAAGGACUUCUAUGAUCCAAAUGUUGCGGCACCAUUAAAACGAGAGCUGGGACCAGCACUGUACCUGGGUUGGGGGGCCAGUGUGCUGCUGCUGGCUGGGGGUGCUCUGCUGUAUGUCGGCUCCUCCCCACCAGGAGGCAGAGCGUUACCUAUUUUUGGAGGAGCAAUGAAAGACAACCUGCAAACAGUGGCAGCAGGCGGAGUUAAACAACAGGAGAAAUCUUUUGUAUAA